AUGAUUCAAGAGGUCACAAGGAGAAAUCAAAUAGAAGUUCAAGCCAUCACUCUGAGGAGUGGGAAAUCACUCAAAGAGGAAAAAGGCAAAACAGUUACCCCUUCAAGGGAUGAUAUUCCUUGCAACCCUAAAGACACUGACCCUUCGAACAACAGAGAAUCUAAGGAUGUGGAGGAAGGGGAUGACCCUGCACCGACAUCAGAAGCCCAACCUUCUAAAAAGGGUAAAGAGAUUGCAACUGAAACACUCAUUGCCCUUAAACCAAAGAAACGGUUGGAAGAAACUGCCACCAUAGUAUUUGGAGAGGAAUGUUCUGCUUUGUUACACAAGGAAAUACUACGGAAGCUCAAAGAUCCUGGUAGCUUUACAAUAUUGUGCAAUAUUGGAGAGUCAAAAUUCAACAAAGCCUUAGCCGAUCUGGGAGCCAGUAUCAACUUGAUUCCUUACGGUCUCUAUAAGAAAUUAAAGCUGGGAGUUCUGAAGCCCACUCGGAUUUGCAUUCAGUUAGCAGAUAGAUCGACUAAAUAUCCAAGAGGAAUCGUGGACGAUGUUCUGGUGAGGGCAGACAAGUUUAUAUUUCCAGUUGACUUCAUUAUUCUAGAUAUGGAUCCAGAUGUCGAGGUACCCCUCAUUUUAGGGCGACCUUUCCUCGCUACUGCUAGAGCCCUAAUAGACGUAGGAAGCGGCAAGUUAGUGAUUCAUGUGGGGGGUGAAUCUGCAAGCUUUGAUGUCACAAAAUUGACUAAGUACCCACUGGAAGGGGAUGACGCUUGUUUCUAUAUUGACCACCCGGGUAGUGAUCCUGACUACUUACUGGAUUACCCUUCUGAUAACGAUUCGGGAAGAAGCUUUGAAUGCCCACUUGGUGGAAGCGACACUGAUACGGAUGAUGAACACGUCCUACAUGAAUGCAUGUCAACAUGA